UAGUCGGCAGGCAAAAGUAUCUGUCAGAUUUCUAAUGGAAGUGGCAAUACAUUCUUCCUCAGGAGGAUUGUUCAAGAACCUCACCUGUGGGUUCUUGUAUUUGCAGAGGUCCCAUUUUCACCAUGGUAGGUGGAAACGUCUAUUGUUAUCUCACCUCUUUCAGCCCAUGAACCUCCAUGAGGACAGAAUGGUUGGAGUUGGUCGGUCAAGUGAGCUCACCUGCAAGAGCCAGAGACUGAUGCUUCAGGCAGGCCUCAUUCAGCCAGCCAGUCCGGGCUGCUUUCACUAUCUGCCGUAUACAGUCCGUGCCAUGGAGAAACUUAUCUGCCUGAUUGAUGAGGAAAUGCAAUCCAUUGGGGGCCAGAAGGUGAACAUGCCCAGCCUCACCUCUGCGAACCUGUGGAAAGUCAGUGAACGUUGGGACCUCCUGGGGAAGGAACUAUUCAGACUAAAGGACAGGCACAACAUGGACUACUGUUUAAGUCCGACACAUGAGGAAGCUGUGACUGAGCUUGUGGCCAUGCAGGGGAAUCUUUCAUACAAACAGCUACCAUUGAUGCUAUAUCAAGUGACAAGGAAGUUCCGAGAUGAGCCUAAACCACGUUUUGGUUUGCUCCGUGGAAGGGAGUUCUAUAUGAAAGACAUGUACACAUUUGACAUCUCAGAAAAAGCAGCCAAGGAAACUUAUAACCUUGUUUCUAGUGCUUAUGGUCGCAUAUUUGAUCAGUUGGGAUUGCAGUUUGUAAAGGUGCAGGCAGACACUGGCAGUAUUGGUGGUAAGCUGUCACAUGAGUUUCAGCUGCCAGCAGAGAUUGGGGAGGAUCGUCUCUUGAUGUGCUCAGACUGCCAUUUUGCUGCCAAUGUGGAAACAAUGAAGGAAGUAGAACCAAACUGCCCACAGUGUGAUGGAAAACUGACAGAAAGCAGAGGCAUCGAGGUGGGACACACCUUUUAUCUUGGGACCAAGUAUUCACAGGUUUUUGGUGCCUCGUACUCUAAUAGUGAGAACAAGCCCAUCCUGUCAGAGAUGGGUUGCUUUGGUCUCGGGGUCACACGCAUACUAGCAGCAGCAGUAGAGGUUUUGUCGACCGAAAAUGACAUUCGGUGGCCCAGUCUCCUGGCCCCUUAUCAGGUGUGUGUCAUUUCACCUAAGAAGGGCAGCAAGGAAGAACUGAAUUUGCAUCUGUUAGAGUUGCUGUAUGAUAAUUUGAUGGACACUGUCCCCCAACUUCGUGGAGAGGUACUGUUGGAUGACCGCAGUCAUUUGACCAUUGGCAAGAGGUUGAAAGAUGCCAGCCACUUGGGUUAUCCAUACGUUAUCAUUGCAGGGAAGAGGAUUUUGGAAGAUCCUGCUAUUUUUGAAGUUAACUGCCAAAAUGAUGGAAGGACAGUGUUUCUCACACAAGAAGGUAUCUUGGAUUUUCUGAAAAAUGUACAGGUGGCUUAAUGUUUGAAAUUAAUCUGAAGGCAAAUAUGCAGGUGAAAGUCUCCUGAUUUUCUACAUUGAAUCAUUGCAAUGAGGUCUUUUUGAAAUAUGCAGAAAACAAAUCAUGCAUGUAACAAUAAAUCGGGUAGAGUUAUAUAUAGGUUGCCUUGAUAUGGAGAAUAAACAAAAUGUUUUUAUUUGAUCACAUCCCUCUCACAAAGAAUCAGUGUAUUAUGUUGGGCAUUCCAGUAUGGCUGUUGAAACUGAUACUAUAGAAUCUUAGACAAUGUAUUGAAAAAUCAACCAAAACCUUGUAUGUGUCAACACAAUAAAAACUACACAUUGCAUUGCAUAUACUUCAUAUGCCUACACUAGUGAGGAAAGAACUACAAAUUGCACAAUCUCCAUCCGGUCAGACAACAUGUGGCUAAUGCAGCUGCUUCCUCAAUGACGCAACACAACCUACUUUACAGAAUGGAGUUUUCCGCAACCAGCACUGAGUGCUAGCCAGGUCUGCUCCAUUGUUGGAUGGGUUUCGUGAACUGUGAAAGAUUCUGAGGCAUUACUUGCCCCAGAGAUGGUACUUUAUCUUGUCACUGUCCAAGGCAAAUAUAAACAUUUGAUCAACUGCAGUUUGCAGUGGCUGAGAGAUCAUCCCCA